AGCUCCAUCUGUUACAAGAAACUACAUGUUAGCAAUCGUGCUUGUGUGCAUUCUGUGCGUUUGCUCAGAUGCACGUCCAGAGAAGCCAACAGAGGAAGCAGCGGUCAAGAAGAAGAGAUACAAAACCUGGCUGAAACAAUACAAGAAAAAGUACAGGGGCAACAAAGAAUGGAACAUGCGAUUUGGAAUCUACCAAUCUAAUGUUAGGUUCAUAGAAUUCGUAAACGCACAGAAUCUUUCUUACAAACUCACAGACAAUCAGUUUGUAGACAUGACUAACUUUGAGUUCCAGACCACCUACUUGGGUUACAAGAGCCGUGAGCGCCCAAGUAAUCAGCAGCAUAGCUACGAAGUUGGUAACUACCCAAUACCAUCUAGCAGAGAAUGAAGAAAGAAAGGCGCUGUGACUAAAGUGAAGAAUCAAGGCGCAUGCGGUACAAAUCUCGCUUUCUUUAUUUAACCUGUCCGUUUAUGAGAUGCAGUUUCUAAAAUAAAGCAAUCACCAUGCUAUCUCAAAGUACAUGCAUUGAAAAUCCUUCAUGACAAGCAGUUGCUGGGCAUUUUCAACACUAGGAGCAGUAGAAGGACUCAACAAAAUCAAAACGUGGAAUUUGAUAUCAUUGUCCCCCCAAGAGAUUCUCGACUGUAAUUUGGGCAUUGGUGAUCAAGGUUGUCGUAGUGGUUGCAUGGAAAAAGUAUAUGAAUUCGCAGUGCUGAAUGGUGGCAUAAGUUCAGAAGAAGAUUGCCCAUAUAAAGGGAAACAGAGCAUGUGUAACCCAAUCACAGCAAGAAAGAUAGCAGCAAGGAUAACCGGCUAUGUUCGUAUACCUGAAAGGAAUGAGUCGGCCAUACGAGCUGCAGUAGCUCGUCAACCAAUAGCAGUAGCCAUUGAUGCCAGCGCACCCGAGCUUCAGCUGUACUCUAGUGGAAUAUUCACCGGAUCCUGCGGAAAAAAGCUUAACCAUGGGGUUUUGGUAGUGGGCUAUGGCAUAGAAAAUGGUGUGAAAUAUUGGAUUGUGAAGAAAUCAUGGGGAACUGGUUGGGGUGACAAAGGAUAUAUCAAAACGAGCCGUGGGACUUCUGACAAGAGUGGUAUUUGUGGCAUUUCCAUGGAAGCUAGCUACCCCGUCAAAAAUAUCUGAGGCAGCCAGCCGUGUCGGUUGUCGGGUACUCAUAAAUUGAGUCAAUAUCAAUUUAAAUAGAUAUACAAGCGAAGUUAAUGGGUAGAAAUAGCCAUAAUAAUAGUAGUCUUAUAAGAAUUAUAUGUUUAUUCCUAAAUUUAUUCAAACAAUAUUCAAAAUGUAAUCUCUGUGUCUGGCUAUGAAUAUAAGUUAAUGUUUUACUGCAUAGAAGCUUUUCCAUAUUUCUGCAUUUAAGUCAUAAACCUCUAGCACCCUUUUGAAUUUAAUCAAACACAAUCAUUAUAGUAUAUGUUGAUUUAUCAAGGGCGUUAACUAAUUACAUUCACAUUUCUAAACUUCUCAACAAAAAAUGCAUAGAUUGGCAGGUAACAUGCACAAAACUGGACUUUGAAUAAUUAACUGCUUGUGGUUUAGUAUUAUACACACUCCUCGUUUUUCAACAAGACUACGACCUCAGAUAGUUUUCCUAAUCUGUUUGAUAAAAUUAAUUAUAUCUGAACACAGAGUACCUGUAACUGAUAAGACAAUAUAGUUAAUCCUAUGACAGAGAGAAUGCGAGUAACAAAACCUUUUC